CAAACCAAACUGCAAAGCAAAAUUAAUUUGUCAAAAUAUUAUAGUUACUCUAUUAAUCUAUCCGCCGUCUUAAAAUUUGUCUUAGUAUUUUUUCUGUUUUUCUCCUUGUGCACUAUUUAUUUCCUUUAUAAAGCUCUAAAUUAGUACUAAUGUGUUAUUUCGUCUAGAUGUGGGAAUCGUAAAAAUAUCAAGCGCUUGACCUGUGACAUCCGUAAAAUUACCAAGUUGCUAUCAUUGGUGACCAACCGUGAAGUCAAAACGAUAUUGUUCUUAUAAGAAUCGUAUAAGAUGUCUACCUCAUAGUAACAAAAAAACGGCAGUCGUUGACUUCUUUUCUAUUUAAUGGUAAAAUGAGUGAGGAGCAAGAUGAUGGCAGCAAAAAGAGUGCAUCACUUUCUUCCGCUGAGGCAAGCUCUGUGGAUGCAGAGUGUGGAGCCCAUGUCAAUGCUUCAACAAAUAUAUCACAAACUAAUCUUACACAGAUGACAGGAGCAGCACCAGAUAAUGCAAAGUGGCAGUGUGAGAUGUGUACUUAUGAGAAUUUCCCACUGUCACGGAAGUGUACUAUGUGCCGAUCGCCAAAACCCUCUCUCGGAGAAGAUAUUUUCAAACUGCAGGAUGGUGCCAGUGCUCUACCUCUACAAGAUACUUGUGGUGCUGAAUCAGUAGCUGAAAGAUUGAAACCACUGCGGAUAUCAUCUCCUCAGGGACAAGCAAGUGCCUCCUCUAUGGCUAAGUGGUCUUGUGGUACUUGUACCUUCGAGAAUUGGCCUCGUUCGCAGAAAUGCGCGAUGUGCGGUGCGACCGCUCCGCCUCGAACCCAUAGCGACUUACAUGCACCCAGACCUGCAGGUAUAAACGAUAUUUGUAAUAGUCAAAAUUCUUCCAUACACGAGGUGGAUAAUAACGGACGUCGCUCGAAACGUAGAAAUAACACGGACUGGAUGUGGUUACAGGCUUGUUUAGGUGUGGUAGAAGGUGACGCGCGUUGUGUGGAUGCGUACUUAGCGGCAGGUGGAUCACCAGCUCGUGCCUUAACUGCACCGGAAGUUGCACUACUCAAUAGAGCCUCCGCUUUCGAUCCGGGACAUACGCUGGUUCACUUGGCUAUAAGAUUCCAAAGGCAGGAGAUAUUAUCAACACUACUAUCUAGAAUAUCGGGUGGUGGACCUGGCUUGAAAAGAUCACCUUCAUAUGUUGCUCCCGAUCUAGCUUCUGCGAUAAGGCGUCAUAUAGCAAGUUGUAUCCGGCAUAAGAAAGGAAAUUUCCCAUGUCGAUACAUUAAUGAAAUAUGCACUUUUUCCCUACCAGCAGAAAUAGACGAAUUGCCCGCUGCGAUACAAGAGCAGCUAUUCGCUGAAUUAUUAGAUAAAGAUGCACAGCAGACUUUGGAAACGGAUACACCGCUUAUCAAUUGGAGCUGUGAGCUCACUGUUAAUUUAGGAUCGCGUUUGUACGCCCUGUGGAACCGUUCGGCAGGUGACUGUCUCCCCGACGCGUUGUGUCAAGCGGCAUAUGGCGUGUUUGAUCGCGCUAAUGUAUUGCGGGCAGCAUUGGCUGAUACUCUUCAUCAUGCGCACAGAAGUUUCUAUGCUCGAUGGCAAGCCUGGGAACGCCUUCAAGCAUCCCAGCUGCAAUAUGCUCCCGAAGAGUCUCAGCUUCGCGCAGAAUGGAGUCGGUUACUCGCUGCCGCCGCACGACCGGGGACGGCUUUGCAUCAGUUACACGUGUUUGCGCUUGCGCACGUGUUGCGUAGACCGGUGUUGGUCUAUGGCGUUGACGUCGUCAAUUCGUUUCGUGGGGAAGCAUUAGGAUACGCUCGUUUUCAAGGUAUAUAUUUACCAUUGCUAUGGGAUGCCGAGUUUUGUUCAAAAUCACCAUUGUGCCUGGGUUACACUCGUGGACAUUUUUCCGCGCUUGUCCCGCUUGAGCCAUAUUCGCAUCGGCACGAUUAUAUUUGCCGAGAACAGCAAGAUGAGGAUGGUGAGGAUAUGAUAUUUCUGCCCCUUACCGACUCAGAAGGAAAGCUGUUACCCGUCCACUUCCUUACAUGUGAUGAGAUGGCAGACGAAGAAAGUGUAGUCCGUCGUUGGACGUGCGCGUGCGUGACGGAAGGAGGCGUACUCGCGGCGAGACAGCGCGUGCACGCGCGGCCCUUGCUACAGGCGCAGAUGCUAGAAGAGUGGCUAAACCAUUAUAGGAGACUGGCACAGCAAACCCGCGGCCCUUUUCCUCCUCGACUGCAAACGGCUGAGUUUUCAAGCGACCCAGACACAGAUGAAGAAUAACUUCAUAGACUGUAUGUUGUAUCAUUUAUAUGUUUUGACAAUUAUAUCCUGAAGAGAGAUAUACUUUAAUAUCGUCGAAAAAUAUAAUUUUUUUAUAAAAUAAAAAUCAGUUUAUUUUUAUGGGUUCAUUACUGAAAAGUUUAAUAUGUUAUAAUUUUCGUAAACCGGAAUUGUAAAUGUAAAUCUAUAUAAAUGAUACAACAAUUGCCGCAAUAAUGAUUUAACAAUUUUUUCAAACUUUCUCUAUCAGCUCGCAUGUAUAAAUUUCUAAAUAAUAUCACUUAUACUAGGAUAUCGAAAUCGAGCUCGAAAUGUAAACAAAAGUGUUCCCAUAUUCAAUUUUUUGCGUGAUUUACUUAUGCAAAUUAAAGCCAGUAAUAUAUCAUCACAUUACUUGGCUAUUAUAAUUGUCUUUGCUUGGUAUAAUAACCAAAUUUGAGAUUUUAGAGUCUUCUGUCAAUGUCAUUAUGACAGUUUGUUUACAUUUUGAUUGUAUCGGAUACAUUGGGCAAUAGUGGUGCUUUCACAUUAAUAAACAUUUCUGUGUUAAAUAUAGUGGGCCAUUAACAGGUUUAUUUUGUCAAAGAAUUUGUUUUAUUCUAGUUCAUACGUAAAGUAUUAAGCAUACGGCAUGUUAGUAAAUUUAGCAAUAAUUAGUUUUUUGUCUCUGCAAAGCCGUAACGGGAAUUCUUUAAUAGUCAUAGAUUAUUUAAAUAGUUCAAAUGCAAUUAAAUUUAUCGUACAUUUAGUAAUUUUUGAAUGGCUUUCAGUCUGUAUUAUAUUUACAUCGUUUAACAGUUGUAGCCUUUAAAUCUUCUGCUUACUUGGCAAGGGUCAUCUGACACAUAUUAAAUGUAAAUACUAAAAGCACUUGGUGAUAAUAAUUAUAAUGAAAUAAUAUUGAAACAGAAAUUCCUUCGUACUAGGAGAGAGAAUAAAGAAAAUUCAAGAGCAUUGAAACGCUUUGAUUGUUUAGAAUUUUCUAAGAAACUUUACUAGAAAAUAUACUCGUUAAGCAUAGGAUUUUUCUGGUUUGGUAAAUGCUGGGACUUGUAUGAAAUUAAAGGUAUACAUUUAUAAGACUUGUAUGUAAUUCACGAUCCAAUUUAUGAAUGUGAAGGGAGACAUUUGUUUCAAUAAUCAUGUUGAGAACGCUUAAAACACUUUAUUUUUACAGAAUAAAGUCUAUAUGGUAAAGAAAGAGUAAGGAAUGAUGGCCUUAAACAUUUGGUAACAAAGUAACAUGUUUAAGGAUUGUAAACAUCAUGAUAUACAUAAUUUGCAAAAUUGUACAGUAUUCAUUCAACAAAACAUAUCUGUAACCUCGUAAAAUUUGAUUUUACCACUUCAAGUUCAAAAUCAACUUACUCUUUCUAUAUCUGACAACACUUUGCAACCGCUUUCAUUACUUAGUUUAGUUGGCAAUUAUUGUAGGAAUUUUAUGAACAUAUUAAAAGGAACUUCGAAUUCAAAGAUUCAUAUUUUAAUUUUGUAUUUUUCUGAAAGUAAUUGCCAACUAGUUUUUAUUUACAUAGAUAAUUAAACGGUUAACAUAGCGAAUAUGCAAUAAUUUUAAUAGAUUUCUAGCCGCUUAGAAAGUUCUUAAUAACUUAGAAUAAUACUUAGAAUAGAAACAGCGUUGCCGUGUCAGUUGUUGCAAAGUGGUAAUUGAUAGCUGAUUAACAAAUAAAAUACUGUUUUAUCGGAUGAAAGGACAUCGAAGUAUAUAUUUUAUUAUAAAACGUAUUUACAAAUUGCCUUUACGUCAUCUCCACAGAAUAAACAAAAAUAUAUAUUAUAGUAAUUGCAACAGUUUUGAUAAAACAGCGUUUUAUGAUUGAUUAAUUUGGUAAUACCGCUCAAAAUUGUGAAUAUGUAUGUAUCAAUUGGGUUAAAAAAUUUCUUUUUGUGAGGUUGUUAGUAAUAUUUCGUUUUUCCUAAUAUGCUUUUAAUUUUUGUUUUUGAUAUUUAUCCAAAUAAUAUUUAAGCGGUUCAAUUGCAUUCUAAAAUUAUCUUAGAGAAAUUAUUCUCCGAGGCCUUAAAUACAAAAACUUUAGAAAAUUAUAUCAGGUAUAGUCAAUAGUUUGACAAAGUGACUGUGUGUGUGAUUAACCUUUUCCAGACAGCCGUUGUUUCUUCUUUAAAACUCUAAAAGAAUUGAAAUGAUGAAUGAAUUGAUUUGAUUCUAAAUUGUUUGAACGGAGAGAGUGUAAUAGAUAUUGUACAGAGAGUCUAAGUUAUAUUUAUAGUUUGUAAAUACUAUAUAUUGAAAUUGGCUUGCGAUGUAGUUGUAUAAAAAUGUAUAGGGCUCGAUUUAUAACAUGGGAAUAGAUUGCGUAUUGUAGACUGGUAUUAUUAAGGUUCAGAUUUAUAUCAACUAAAAAGCAAAUACAUAAUCAGUAGGCUAUGAAUGUUAUAAAAUUCGAUAUUAUAGAGUUAUUUCGCUGGAUUAUCACGAUCAAAAAUUAUAAUGCGCACAUCUUAAAAGUUUUCGUGCAUAGCUAACAAUUAUUAUAUAGCUUGGUCGCGGUUUCAUUUGAAGAACUUGGGUUUCAUUUUUAGGAAAAUUUAAAAUUUUCAUUGGAAAUUUCAUUGGAAAAAUAUAAUCUAUACAUAUUAUGAAUAUAAAUAUUUUGGUGUUUCGUUUACGUAACUACAUGUAUAAAUUAACUUUAAUUUUUAUGAAAUAUUGUUACUAGUUAACACAAAAUUAGGGAACACAAAAUAUUAAGUAUAUUUAAUAUUUUUGAAAUGUGAAACAAAUUAUAUUGCGCGUUGUUUAAUAAAUUUAUAAAAGUGAUAUUUGUAACAUAGCAAUAAUCAAAGCCAACUUGAUAUUUACAUAGAGGCAAACGCAUAAGCUCAAUGAAUAUUUUGGUUCUAGGAUGAUCAUAUUACAAAGGACACCAACCUACACAAGGUUUAUGUGGGAUGAUUGUAAAUGGGACGGCAUUUAUAUUUGGUACCAUGCAUCUUUUGCAAAAUAACGGACAGUUGAAAUCUAAACUAUAGUAGUCCAGUUUAAUUUAUGAUUCAAUUAAAAUUCCUGAUUAUAAAUUAAAAAAGAUACAGUCUACAAAGCGCACUUUUUAAUCCACAGAGUAUUAAGUUUUCUUUUGCAGUUGAAUAGAAAUUGACUUAAUAUAUUGUUCCCAAUUAGAUUUUACAAUUUCUCAUCUCAUUAUAGUUGUAUUACUUUUUUAUCAAGUUGUAAAUAGGCUUUUGGGGGUUUCCUUUCAAGUGUUGUUUGGGGUUUUUGUUAACAAACGUACAAUUUAAUUUUUAAAUUAUCUAUCUAUAAUACCAACAGGUUUAAAUCAAUAAAGCACGCAUUUUACGAAGCG